AUGGAAGAAUGGAGCGGGAGGCGGGCGGGGCGGGUCCUCCGGGCCGCCAGGAGGCGCCGUGGCGCUGUGCUGGGGCGGGCGCUGAGGCGGUGUCAUGGCGGCGCGCUGAGGGCUGCGGCGGGAGCAUGGCGCAGCCGCCGCCGUUCCCCGCCCGCCUCCCGCCCCAGCAGCGCCCGGGCCGUGGCGGUGGCGGCGCUGGGGCGGGUGGCCCGGGUGACAGCGCUCUGCCGGGCCCUGCGGCGCAGCGAGGACCAGGGCGACGAGCCGGGCUGGGCCCGGGCGCGGGAGGAGGCGGAGGCGGCGCUGCGGGAGCUGCGGGAGGUCGUGAGGCCCCUGCGGGAGCCCGGGUACGGCGAGGCGCUGCGCAGGAAGGCCGAGAGGGCGAGGAAGAGGAGGCUGCGCCUGCAGCGGAGGAAGCACGAAGCCAGGGCGGCCAAGGAGGAGGAGGCGGCCCGGGCCGCCGAGCGGGAGGCCAAGAUCGACCAGUGGCGGGCUAAGUGCAUCCAGGAGGUGGAAGAAAAGAACCGGGAACAAGAGCUGAAGGCUGCUGCAGACAGUGUCCUGUCCGAAGUCCGCAAGAAACAAGCAGAUACAAAGAGGAUGACGGACGUCCUGCGCGGGUUGGAAAAGCUUCGGAAACUGAGGAAAGAAGCUGCUGCCAGGAAAGGUGUUUGUCCACCUCCUUCAGCAGAUGAAGCAUUUGAAAAUCAGGUGGAGAGUCUCAAAGCGUUGCUCAAAACUCGCACAGAACUGUAUGAAGCUGAGGAAAGAGCAUUAAGGGUUAUGCUGGAGGGAGAACAGGAGGAGGAAAGGAAGAGGGACAUGGAAAAGAAACAGAAGAAGGAAAGGGAAAAACUACUGCAGCAGAAGCUGGAAAUGGAUUCUAAGCUGUUUGGGGAUCCAGCUGAAUUCCCACUUGCCCAUCUACUGCAGCCUUUCAGAGACUACUACUUACAAGCUGAACAUUCUGUAGCAGCUCUAAUCCAGAUCAGGCAUGAAUGGGAUCAGUACUUGGUGCCAGCUGACCACCCCGAAGGAAGCUGCAUCCCUCCAGGAUGGGUUCUCCCGAGUCUCCCCACCAAUGACACUUGGGCCACUGCUGUCAGAUAAUUUGGCAAUAAAUAAUUUCAGCGUUGGAGGAUUGCCUCAUUAUAACUACGUGUAAAUAUGAGAGGGUCCAAAGAGGAGGUCUCGUCCUCUCUUUCGGCAGCCAGGUACUGGAAAGUCUUUACUGCAAGGUCUUGAAAAAAAGUUUAAGAGUUGUUUUUGCUGAUUGACUGUGCAGGAGAUAGCUGAGCAAGCCCAGAGCUGCCAGGCCUCUCGUGGUGUGGAAUUACAAUCCAGCUGCGAGUUCUUGUUAAAUCUCAGUCUUAAUAAAGGAACAUUGCUGAUGGUGGUAUUUGUGCCAGUAUUAACAUCAUAUUUUUAGUGGCUUUUAUCUUUAUAAAGGAUGAUGGAAGCUUCAGAAAUGAAGAAAUUUAAAGAAAAAAAGAGAUCAUUAGUAAACAUGUUUUUUUUCUUAAAUGAAGCAUGUCAAGCAUCACUGUCUAAAUAGUUCCUGUAUUUCUGGGUGUAGAGACAAACCUAUUACAAGUUUAAACGAAUUCUGAAGUACAAAUAAGACAGGGUUUUUCAAGUUUGAUUAAAGCAGCUGUUGACAUUUUACUUUUGUGGACUAAAGCUGAUACCAAAACACCGAAAAAAUUCCCAGUUGUGGUGAAAUAGGUCAGACAGCCAUGUGAAUAAAUACAAAUUUGAUGAAUAAGCCUGCUGGAAAAAAAAACCAAUAAAAUCUGCGGUCUAACCUA